AUGGAGCAAGUGGAGGAUAAGAAGAAGCUUCAAGAACUUGAUUAUGCUAUGGAACAAGUGAAGCUCGUGGAGAUGGAGGAUAGCAUUCCAUCUAGGUCGAAUGUUGUGGUGGGAAUUGAUGCUCAUCUGUUGCUUCCAUCGAGUUCGAGUAUUGUUGUGGGAAUUGAUGCUGAUAUGAUGCAUCUGAGGGAACGGCUGACCAGCAUGCAGACAAGCUGGAGAUUAUCCCCAUCGUUGAGCUUGUUCAGUAGAAAGUACUUGAUUGUAUUAGACGAUAUAUGGAGCACGAAUUUCUGGGAUGAGAUAAGGAUGUACUUCCAGGACAACAACAACAACGGGAGUCGCAUUGUGAUCACCACUAGGGAAUCUACUGUGGCGAACUAUGCUGACUCUUUGAGUUCGCAUCAUCAGGUUAAAUUGCUUAGCGAGUUUGAAAGUUGGAAUCUACUCCACCAGCUUGCGUUUGGAGAAGAGAAUUGUCCUCUUGUAUUGCAAGAUAUUGGUCGAAAGAUUGCCAAUGAUUGUGGUGGGCUUCCUCUAGCUAUCAGUGUGAUUGGAGGGCUACUAUCUAAGAUCGAAAGAUCAAAACAUGUUUGGGAAAAACUUGGGAACAAUGUAAUAGCAGCAAUUGCUGAAUCAAACGAGCAAUGCUCUAGUAUAUUGUCUUUAAGUUAUAAUCACUUGCCAAAUCACUUGAAACCGUGUUUUUUAUAUAUUGGAGCUUUCCCUGAAGACUACGAGAUUAGAGGCUCCAACCUCGUACGUUUAUUGGUGGCAGAAGGAUUUGUAAAAUCAAACGGGGAAAGAAGUUUGGAGGAAGAGGCAGAGGAUUGGCUUAAGUCUCUAGUAGAUAGAAAUCUAUUAAUGAAAUCUGAUGAAGACAAGUAUCUAUAUGUGAAGAAUGGUCCAGAGGUCACAUUGUCUAACCCACGCCGUGUGAGUUUCGACACAUCAACUGUAAUGGAAGUUGUUAAUGUUUCACAAGAGUCUACAGCACUUACUCGAUCUGUUAUAUGCAUUGGUUCUAUGAGUGACGAUCUUCCAUUAGGUGUCUUUUCAGCAUCAAGAUUGCUAAGGGUGUUGGAUUUAAUGCAUAUGUUGUUUAAUGUGUUCCCAACUGAAAUAUUUGAAUUUGUGAACCUACGCUUCUUAGGUCUCGACUGCAUGUCAAGAACACCUAGAGGAAUAUCUAGAUUGUGGAAUUUGCAAACCUUGAUUGGUUAUUGCCGAUUUGAUGUGCCAUCUGAGUUGUGGCAACUCUCUCAGUUAAGAAAUCUCAAGGUGCGUGAAUUUGAGUUGUUAAAAGAUGAGGAAUUAAUGAACUAUAGUGUUAUGAAGAAGAUGCAAAUGAUUUCAAUUACAACUCUAACUAAAGAGGAUGGUCCGAAUAUAAAAAAGUUGGCAAUUGAUGAUGACUUCCGAUCUACAACCAUGGCAAUUGAUCUUUGCCAUCUUCACAAGCUCGAAAUAUUGAGAUGCUAUUUUAUGAGAACUACUCCUAUAAAGUUUCCUGAUUGUCGUUCCAAAGAGUGUCGAGGACUGUGUGCACUGCAUAAGCAGGAAGUGCUCACAAUAAGUGAUUGCGAGUUUAAAAGCGAGGAGGAGACAUGUGAUGAAGAGUGGGAGGCAGCAGAUGGAGAUGAGUUCCCAUCACUGCAUUUUCUAUAUCUUUUUAAAGUUGUAGAGGAAAUCCCUAACGGCAUUGGAGAAAUUCCAAGACUUCAACUAAUCGAGUUCAAAGAAUGCAGCCGAUCCGUAGUGGCCUCAGCAAAAAGGAUUGAGGAGGAACAAUCUGACAACGGCAACUACGAUCUCAAACUCUGUAUUGCAAACACGGACCCAUGGUGA